UGAAACCAACAUUUGGACAUCUUCCACAAUGCUACAAGGCUUUGCAGAAGGUGGCUACGGGUAGAACUGCCAUGGCGUGGAGAGUCCUUUGUUUGUGGUGUUGCCUUUACUUGGCAUUAAUUUACACCGGUGCAAACGGAAGUCCAGAACAACAGUCUGACUCUGAUGGGGAUGAAAGUAAAAUACAGGCACUGAACGAAGUUAACAGCGAUUUUGCUUUCCGUCUGUACAAAAGCAUUGUUUCUGGUGGUCAGUCCCAGAACGUGUUCUUCUCUCCACUGAGUGUGUCCACAGCACUGGCUGCACUGUCUUUAGGAGCAGGUGGUGAAACUCAUCAGCAGCUACUCAGUGGCCUUGGCUUUGAGGGUUCUGCCUUCACGAAUCAGGAGAUGCAUCAAGCCUUCCUCGAUCUCAUGCAAAACCUCAAUCAGAGGUCAGGGGUUGACCUGGAUGUGGGCACUGCCCUCUAUGUCCAUGACACCUUUAAACCGUAUCCUGAAUUUCUGGAGAAUCUUAAACGUUUUUAUCUUUCUGAUGGCUUCUCUGUUGAUUUUACAAAGACCACUGAGACCACUAAUCAGAUCAACACAUAUGUAAGUGAAAAAACGCAUGGCAAAAUCAUCAAGUUCAUUGAAAAACUGGAUCCAAGUACCAUCAUGUAUCUGCUCAGCUAUAUAUAUUUUAAAGGUAAAUGGUCCAUCCCAUUUAAUCCAAAACGUACUAGGGAAGACCAGUUCCAUGUGGAUAAAGAAACAACCGUUCCAGUUCAAAUGAUGUUUGUGAAAGAUGAUUUUUACAGCUACUAUGAUCAUCAAAUGUCUGUCAGAGUCCUUCGUCUCAAUUAUAAUGAUUCAUUCUCCAUGAUUUUGGCUCUGCCUGAUACAAACAUUACCCACUUGGAAGAGACUGUGCGCCCACACCACUUAACCAAGUGGCAAAAAUGGAUGUCAGAAAGAGAAUACGCCAUCUACGUCCCUAAACUGUCCCUAAAAACUUCAUAUCCGCUGAUCAGCAUUUUGGAUAAAAUGGGAUUUAAGGACAUGUUCACACGUAAUGCUAACUUCUCUGGGAUGUCUGAUAAAAAUUUGGUAGUUUCUGAGGCUGUACAUAAAGCCACUUUAGAUCUGGAUGAAGCCGGAGCCGAAGCAACAGCAGUAACUGGAUUAGGCAUCACGCUUCUCUCUGCAAGAAUUACUGAUAUACUGAAAUUUGAUCGGCCAUUUAUGAUCUUUAUAAUUGACCAAAAAACAAACAAUGUCCUCUUUAUGGGGAAAAUUGUAAAUCCAUCUAUUUCUGAAUAAAUGUAUCUCUGCA